UUGGUGUGUAAUUGGGAAAGUGUUUUGUCUCGGCACGAGGCAUUAUAGUCUUGAACCGUAAUUUUUAUCCUAAAGAUUGGGGUAAGAGUGGGAUUGGGGUUUGAGUAAGUUUGGGGUUUGGGUCAGAUGUGGGUUGGAGCAGCUUGGGGUCGCAUACAUCUAGUUUAAAAAGAGACAUUACUUAAGAUGGUUUUGGAUAAAUAUAAAAGUCACUCUGGUUGGAUCACAGCUGAGAAAGAUAUAGGCCAUUCUGAUGGCCUCAAAUGUCUAAUUCAAGCCCCGACUAAUUAAGAAAAUUUUUAAUUUACUUUCAUUUUCCUCAUCAGGUAAAUUCCCUUCCAAAUAGUAAACAACGUCUAAGUACGCAAAUAAAUAAUUUGCAGCUUUUUCCAUUUCCUCACAGGAUGAAAUAUAAUAAUCCUUAUCAAGGUCUUUAAAUCCCUUCAAAUUUUUCUUCUUACUAUUCCCACUAUUAUUCUCCUUUCUUCUCUUUUCUAACCUUUUCUUAGCUAAACCCCAAUAUUUUGUACAUUCCCAAUUUUUAAAAAAUUCUUUAAUAAUAUUAUUUUUAUAAAAUAUUUCAAAUAUUCUUGAUUUUUUAACAUCUUCAUCUUCAAUAUUUUUAUUGUAUAGAGUCUCUUUUCACUCCCUCUCCUUUCUAAAUUUAGGUAAUAUUUGAAAGUUUGCCUUUUUCAUGUUUUAUUCCUCUGACCAUUUUAACCUUUUCCUUCCCUUUAUCCAUACUCAGGCAAAUGUCAAAAGGAUUACAUCGUUCGGUAGCUCAUUAUGGAUAAUGAGGUCCUGUCCUUCAACUUCCCUCAACUCAACUAUCACUCAACUAUAA